UCUCUCUUUCUUCCUUCAGAUCCUCAGACUACAGCUUCUGUGACACAAAACGGUGAAGAAGUGACGAAUAGCACGGAAUACAUCGCCUUCGUUCUUGUGCCUGUUUUCUUCCUCUUGGGCCUGUUGGGGGUGGUGAUCUGCCACGUGUUGAAGAGCAAGGGCUACCGCUGCACCACUGAGGCCAAUGAUGGGGAGGAGUGCGAGGAGAACGAUCCUGAGCUGGGCGGGGACAUGAAUGACACCCUCAGUGAAAACAACGACACAGUGGGGCAGAUUGUCCACUACAUCAUGAAAAAUGAAGCAAACUCAGACGCGCUGAAAGCCAUGGUUCAUGAAACCAGCAUCGACUCUGAUGGUCCUCCGCUCACCCCAACCUCUCCCGGCACCCCCCCGCUGACUCCCAUAUCCCCGGGUGCCCCCCAAGGAGCCCCCAAGCACACCUGCAGCCACCUGCACACCAUCGGGGGCCUGGGGGGCCACAAGAACAUCUGCAACCGCUGCAGCCAGAAGAAGUGGCCGCUGAUGAGGAAGCUGUCGGCGAGGAGGCCGGAGCAGCGGCGCAUCCAAUCAGGAGAGGUCACGGUGCUCGCUGUGGGCAGGUUCCGGGUGACGAAGUGUGAAAAGCCGGCCCGGGAGAGACGGACGCUGCUGAUCACGGACUCCAACGGGAGCGUUCCUACGUCUCCAACGGAGGCGGAGCCUAGGAGCCGGACCAACUCCGAGUCCCAGCAGGAGGAGAAGGACGACGACGUGGACAAAGAGAACCGAUAGCAGGAUCCAGGGGAGGAGGAACAUCAGGUCCAAACCCUAAAAAAAGAACAAUAAAUCAUCAGCGCUGGGAGGAGGGGGCAAGUGGACCAGGGAGUCCCCCCCCCCCCACAUUCCUGCUCCAUGGGGGGCAAAAGAGCUGCUGAUGGUGGACACGGUGGCAAGAGCGGCCCCAUUUUACAAGGAGAAAAGGGUGUGUCUAUGUGUGAUACACUUUCCUCUUAAAAAAUAUUUCAAAAUAGUGCCUUGCGCAAGAGCGUCUAAGCAAGGCGGCUGCUUAAUGUCAAGGGACCCCGAAUGAGGGCUUUCCCGAUGAACUAAGGUGACUCAAUACGCCGAUCAUGUGUGUUCUUAUGUUGUUGUAAGUGGAGGAAAAGAACGGAUAAGCCCAAAAAAACAGAUACAGCCAUUCCAAGACCUAACUACGGGUCGCCAUUCUCAAACGGGAAGUAGGAACGACCUCUGAUAGCAUCACACGAACAGGAAGUAGCCUGUAGAUUGGCAGCGGGUGUGAACAUGACGUGCCUUAUCUUCCACUCUACGACUAAAGAAGAAAGUGUAGUAUUCUGUGUUGAACAACAAAUUAGCUUUAUCCAACAUGGCUGCCUUGGUAUUUUUUUUCUUAAAGGGACAGCAUGUGUUUAUGUUACCAAAAAACUUAAAGUCUGUAUACUCAGGCAGGUCAGUUUCGAUUUUUAAUUUUUUGAAUGUGUCAGAGAGCUAUUACUCAAGAUUUAAACGCACCUCCAUUGUUUUUUUUAUUUAUAUGUUCUUUAUCAGCUCAUAAAGUUGUCUAUGCUAACGUGUUAGCGACUUAGUGCCUGUUUACAGCAUGCAUUGAGAAACAUUAGCAUUCAUGUCCCCCUGAGGAAGUCCAGCACUUUCUUUUAGCUUGGAUUUGGCCUCGACAAUACCAGGAAUAGUUUCUGAAUGAUGGUAAAUGUAGGAUUAAGACGUUUGCUAGCUAAAUCCACAACAGAUACCAAAGUUCAGUAAAUCUUGGCCUUUCUGUUUUAUCAAUCUUUUUUAAAACACGAGUUCUUUAUGGAGGUACGAUAUGACAUUAAUAGAGAAGCCUUUUUUGACCCAACAAUAUUAUUUUCACAAAUGAUCAAAAAGUAUAAUUUUAGGAAUGCUUUCAUAUUGUCCUUUCAUUGUCUCAUUUAAAAAAAAUAUUUAUACAUGUUGUUAUUCAUAUUUUGGGACAGUUUGCUGUGUUUUUAUCUUUGUAUAAGGAAGAAAAUAAAGAUGAC